CCACAGAUAGGCCAGUGGCCCCUUGGGGCAGCGCCCCACUGUGGGUGAGUCGGGCCAACCGCGCCGGGAGAGCGAGCGGGAAGGUGUUAGUGCAACACAAGGCAAAGUCCGUCCUCCAGCCCUGGGGGAGAGACUUAGCAAACACUUUGCAUUCAAACCAAGCUGAGGAGGGACUCUCUUUCCCUGCCAGAGGGAGACUAGACAAGCCUGAGCACAGCGGUGCUGAGAAGCUUUCCCUCCAAAUGCAGUGACAGUUUUUAUCUACUGUAGUUCUGUGACUGUGUUCUUCACAAUAAUAAAGGUAGUCAGUUAUCGUCUGCACCUUAUGUUUGAUAAAGGAGAAGUAAUUCAACAAAGGAUCUCGCAAAAGAAUGGAAGGCAAAGCAAAGAUAAAGAGGCCAAAAGAGAAAAUGCAGUUUACUUCUCAAAUCUUAGCAAUAACGUAGGAGAGAAUGGUACAAUUGAAGAGGUCAAGCAAAAUGACUCAACCCCAACAAUCCAUGGCAGUUCAAGAGUACAGGCUAUAAACUUGCACCACUCUUCUGGAGUUGUGGAGCUGCCAACACAAGAAACUGUUGAAGAUCUCAAAGGGGUAACAACGUUAGAAGACCAGGCUUCACCACCAGUUUUAUCUACCUCACCCUAUAUCAAAGCAGAUAUGUUACCUAUUUCUACAGCCCAUAUGUCAGAUUCUACCACAUCGGCAAUAGUAACAAAGCCAGCAGCUAUGGAGAUGUUUAUCAGUAAUGGAACAAAUGAAAAAGAGGAGAAGAUGCACCCUUCUGGCUACUUUGGAUCAGAAGAUAUUCUCAUGGACAAAGAUCUGGUUAAAAAGUUGUCAAACCUCUCUCUGUCACAGUAUGACAUUUUAAGAACUGGCAUUUCUUUUGAGCAAUGGGGCAGUGAAAAUUCAGUUAUUAUUUCAGAGCAUUUAAGUAAUCCAAAAAGUUACAAAAGAGAGAAAUUCCCCGAUGGAUCAGUGCAUGAAAGCUUUAAUCGUAACUGCCCACAGUGUAAUACAAUUGCAACCAAAGAGACUGAUGGGCCUGUGGAAAUUUCUUUCCAUGUUGAUAACACCGAUGAAGAUCUUGAUUAUUCAGAUGGUGAGGUUGCUAUUGCUCUUGUUGAUGGUUCUCUCCCUGGAGACCAACUUAAUUUACAUGAACCCAUUAAAAUAGUUAUUACAAUGAGUAGUACACCAAAUACAAUGAAUGAUAUAGAAGGUGGUCUCCAUCUGAAGGUGUCAGGUACUGAGAAAACUGGCUCAAACCCAGACUCUGGUGUAGCUAUAGCAGAUCGCCACAGUCAAAAAAAUAAUGAACAGAUCAAAAUUCCGGUUAUAACUUUUGAAUUGUCUGAUGAUGGUGGAGGCAAUGUUCAUCUGGAAGCCAGUGAAAGUGAAAGAACACCAGAACGUUUAAAGGUUGAUGCAUCAUCCAACCAGUGUUCUGGAUAUGAAUCUGGUGAUUUGGACAAUGCAGUAAAGCACCAUAGCAAUCCAGCAAAUAGUCAUUCAGAAACUAACACUCAUUUAGGUCCAAAUUUAGAGAAUGCUUCGGAGAAUUUGCUGGUCACCGCUUCCAAUUCUAAAGAAAGUCAACAGAACCUUGAUCCUCUGUCAUAUAAAACUGCCCAUGAAAAGAGACACAUUCGAGUGCUGAGCGUAGACAGUGGGACAGACAUCUUUUUAAGUAAGAAUUCCAUGGAGAUAAUCAGUGAUAAAGAAAAGACCUUGCCAACUUCUAAAUCUGACUUAGAAGCUAAAGAAGGACAAAUACCAAAUGAAUCUAACUUCCUAGAAUUUGUGUCCCUGCUGGAAUCCAUUAAUACUGCAAAGGUGACAGCAUCAAAUCAGUCCAAUAUCAAAACAGAGACUAUAAAAGAUGAUGGGUUUGUUGGAGAUAGCAAUACAACAGAGAGAAAAGAAGAAAUGCUGGAAACAGGAAAGCACUACAAGCAUGUUUCUAAACAGGAAAAGUCAGAUGUACAAAGUCAAGACUGGGCUAGUGCUAGUCCAGUGCUACCAGAGCCUGCCCAAUUUACAGCACAUUACCAGGGCAACAGGCAACGGCAGAUAAUCUACCGGGUAACUUCCCAGCAAGAUAGUUCUGUCUUGCAAGUUAUAAGUGGACCUGAGGCUUCAAUGAAAGAUGAAAUAUCUGUGGACGCAAUGCAUGUGUUCAUAGAUGAGCAUGGGGAAAUUAGAUCCUGCUAUUUAAAGGCUGGCAGUCAGAAGGAAGGAAAUACUCAAUAUCAGACAUCAAAUUAUGAUUGUAUUUCUGAUGCUCAUGAAACACAGUUCAGUUCUUCUAGUACUACCACUUCGGAGAGUCAGGAACCAUCUUCAGGAGAUCAUGCUGCAAGUGCACUCCAGCAGCAGCUCUUACUGAUGGUGGCACGAAGAACCCUGUCAGAAACACCACGGCAUCUGAGUCAGGACUUUGAGGACUCUUCAUGCUCGUCAGCUCAACGAAAAUUUAACAGGCAGUUUUACAAAUUUAUUAUAUUUCCUGGCAAGUGGAUUAAAGUCUGGUAUAAUCGACUUGCCUUGUUGGCAUUACUGGAUCGGACUGACGCUAUCAAGGAGAAUGUGUUGGCUGUUCUUCUAGUAGUUCUUGUCUCAUUUCUUGGGUUCCUGACUCUGAACCAAGGCUUUUGUAAAGACAUUUGGGUCCUCCUGUUCUGUCUUGUCAUGGCUGGUUGCCAGUAUUCCCUUCUAAAGAGCGUUCAGCCUGACCCUGCCUCACCAAUACACGGACACAAUCAAAUCAUAAUGUACAGCAGACCAGUAUAUUUUUGUAUCUUGUGUGGCCUUAUUUUGCUGCUAGAUGCUGGAUCUAAAGACAAAAAUCCUUCGAUUUACACAGUAUAUGGCCUGAAGCUCUUUUCUCCUGGAUUUCUCCAAUCAGCCAGAGACCAUAUAAUAGUGUUUUUGUAUUGCUUCCCUGCAAUUUCUCUUCUUGGCCUUUUCCCUCAAAUCAACACCUUCUGUAUAUAUCUCUUGGAACAAAUAGACAUGUUACUUUUUGGUGGUUCUGCUGCUGCUGGAUUGGUAUCUGCCCUCUACAGUAUUUCUCGAAGCUUUGUAGUUGUGAUUGUACUGCACGCUUUUUGCUUCAGUGCAGUGAAGGAACCAUGGGAUGCUCGCCACAUUCCAGCACUGUUCUCUGCUUUCUGUGGCCUUUUAGUUGCACUUUCUUAUCAUCUUAGCAGGCAAAGCAGUGAUCCAUCUGUACUUACGUCCCUUAUUCAAUGUAAAUUUUUUCCUCUCUUUCUACGUCAAAAUUUGAGAGAUUCCUCAACAGAUCCACUCCCAGAGAAGAUGAGAGAGUCGGUGAAGGAAAUCUUGAAAUCGGAUCUCAUUGUCUGCACAGUGGCUGCUGUCCUAUCAUUUGCAGUCAGUGCCAGCACUGUGUUUCUGUCAUUAAGGCCAUUUCUCAGCAUCGUGCUGUUUGCUUUAGCAUGGACUGUGGGAUUCGUAACACAUUACAUACUUCCUCAGCUCCGCAAGCAUCAUCCUUGGCUGUGGAUUUCACACCCCAUACUUAAAAACAAAGAAUAUCAUCAGCGGGAAGUAAGAGAUGCUGCUCAUUUAAUGUGGUUUGAAAGACUCUAUGUGUGGCUUCAGUGUUUUGAGAAAUACAUCUUGUAUCCAGCAAUAAUAUUGAAUGCCCUCACCAUUGAUGCUUUUUCAAUUAGUAAAUACAAGAGACUUGGUAUACACUGUGAUAUUUUCCUGAUAACAAUUGCUGGGAUGAAGCUGCUCCGAUCCUCAUUCUGUAAUCCGGUUCAUCAAUUUGUUACUUUGAGCUUUACUGUAAUCUUCUUCCAGUUUGACUACAGAGAUAUCUCAGAGAAUUUCUUGCUGGAUUUUUUCAUGAUGUCCAUUGUGUUUCACAAGCUGUGGGAACUACUGCAAAAAUUACAGUUUAUGAUGACAUACAUUGCUCCCUGGCAGAUUGCGUGGGGAUCUUCAUUUCACGUGUUCGCUCAGCUCUUCUCAGUACCUCACUCUGCCAUGCUUUUCUUUCAAACUCUGGCCACUUCGAUCUUUUCUACUCCACUGAGUCCAUUUCUUGGUAGUGUCAUUUUUAUCACAUCGUAUGCCAGACCAGUCAAGUUCUGGGAGAAAAACUACAACACAAAAAGAGUGGACCAUUCCAAUACAAGACUGUCAAUUCAGAUUGAAAAGGACCCAGGAAAUGAUGACAAUAAUCUCAACUCCAUUUUUUAUGAGCAUCUGACAAGAUCUUUGCAGGAGUCUCUUUGUGGAGAUUUGAUUCUUGGCCGCUGGGGAAACUACAGUUCAGGAGACUGUUUUAUUCUGGCAUCGGAUUAUUUAAAUGCCUUUGUUCACUUGAUCGAAAUUGGAAAUGGCCUUGUCACUUUCCAGCUCAGAGGGCUAGAAUUUCGAGGGACAUAUUGCCAGCAGAGAGAAGUGGAAGCUAUAACAGAAGGAGAUGAAGACAAUGAAGGCUGCUGCUGCUGUCAGCCAGGUCACUUGCCUCACUUGUUAUCAUGCAAUGCAGCCUUUAACCUCCGAUGGCUGACAUGGGAAGUAACACGAGCCCAGUAUAUACUGGAAGGAUAUAGCAUCAUUGAUAACAAUGCCGCCACAAUGCUGCAAGUGUUUGAUCUGCGAAGAAUACUCAUCAGAUAUUACAUAAAGAGUAUAAUAUACUUUACAGCAAAUUCACCCAAAAUCUCACACUGGAUAAAAGAUGAAUCAAUCCAGAAGACACUACAGCCUUAUGCCAAAUGGCAUUACAUUGAACGUGACCUUGCAAUGUUCAACAUUAACAUUGAUGAGGACUAUGUUCCAUGUCUUCAAGGAAUAACCAGAGCUAGCUUCUGCAGUGUUUAUCUUGACUGGAUUCAGUACUGUGCUGGAAAAAGAAGGGAGCAUCUGGAUAGUGAUGAGGAUUCUCCUUUAGUAACUCUCUCCUUUGCCCUGUGUAUUCUGGGUAGAAGAGCUUUGGGAACAGCAGCCCACAAUAUGGCCAUCAGUUUAGAUUCCUUUCUUUAUGGACUCCAUGCUCUGUUCAAAGGAGACUUUCGAAUUACAGCAAAAGAUGAAUGGGUGUUUGCAGACAUGGAUCUGUUGCAUAAGGUGGUCGCUCCAGCAGUCAGAAUGUCCCUGAAGCUACAUCAGGACCAGUUCACCUGUCCAGAUGAGUAUGAGGACCCUGCAGUUCUGUAUGAGGCAAUCCAAUCUUUUGAAGAAAAGAUUGUAAUUUGUCAUGAGGGUGACCCUGCCUGGCGCAGAGCUGUACUCUCUAACAGAGAAGAGCUGCUCACCUUGAGACAUAUAGUGGAUGAAGGGACAGAUGAAUAUAAAGUUAUUAUGCUCCACAAAAGCUACCUGAGCUUCAAAGUUAUCAAGGUAAACAAGGAAUGUGUCAGAGGGCUUUGGGCUGGGCAGCAACAGGAGCUAAUUUUUUUGCGCAAUCGUAAUCCAGAGCGAGGUAGUAUCCAGAACAAUAAACAAGUCUUGAGGAACUUGAUUAACUCUUCAUGUGAUCAGCCACUGGGAUAUCCAAUGUAUGUUUCCCCAUUAACCACAUCUUACAUAGGGACACACAGCCAGCUGAUGAACAUCUGGGGUGGACCUAUCAGUUUGGACAACAUUAAAACAUGGUUCAGAUCCAAGUGGUUAAGAAUGCGGAAGGACUGUCAUGCCAGUCACAACAGUGGAAACAACAUUGAAGAGGUGGAUAGUGGAGGUGGGUCUUCAUCCAGAAACAAUUCCGCAAGUAAUUCAAGCCAGAGUAGUAGCUCACAACACACAAGAAGUGGAACACCCCAGAUGCAGCCUCCUUCACAAGAUUCCCAUCAGUAUGCAGGCAGAAGAAAAUUCAGGAGUCAGUCUGUUCAGACACAUGCUGCCUUAAACCAGAGGCCACCGGUUUCAAGUCAUUCUGAACCACUUGUAGAAAGUUACCCCAUUAUCCAAGCUUCAACAUCUGCCCAUGAAUUCCGAAGGCUUUUCCAGAAGCAGUUGUCCUUCCACAAUUCAGUCACAUCUGUGUUUUCUCAAACCCACUGCCAUUCCUGCUGGUGGCCAGUAACUGUCCAGGAUAGAGCUGGAGCAAUGCUCAGGUCCAGUCUGGCCUCUCACCAGCUCUACUCUCAGCCCUUCUGUUUGGCAAGAGAAGUUUUCACGUGCUUUGGUGAUAUCGGGCUCUCGGCUGCUGAUGGAGGGAAACACAACUGUACCCAGUCAUCCAGCAGUGUCAAACUAAUAAUGGGUCCAUCUGCUAGAGCUGCAAGCCAAGCAACACGGGUAAGGCAGAGUCACGUUAGCAGGAGCUAUAAUUCUGUUCUGUUAUACUCAUGUUCUUAUGCUGCCCUCACCACUGUAGUAUUCAAGUGUCUUCCAGGAGUGCAUUAAGCAUCGUGACUAACAUCUGUCACGUGCUUUUAUUCUCUCUUCCUCUUCUUCUCUCCCGAGGGAAAAUUUGUGUGUGACACUUAGUAUUUUGUUAGGUGGUUACUUUAUGAUUUAACUUUGAUUCCAAUCAGACUCCUUCCUGAAGUCCAUCAUCCUCACUACAGACCCUCCAGAGUGGAAAAUAAAAUCAUAGUCCUUAGACAUGAUGCAGUUGGCAAAUCGAAUGAACGUUUGACGGCAUAACUAACAUUAAAUAAUUUGGCAUUACCAAGUGGAAAGCAGUAAGUGAUUUGUUGUCAUUCGCGACAAAAUCAUUGGAUAUAGGAUAGCCAAGUCUGGUUUCUCAUGUACCUAGCAUACAAUAUAUAAACCCACAUGAUACCAAGGUUGUCUAUGCCUCAAGUAGUUUCGUCCUAACCAGCAUCACGUAAUGAUCAGUCCUGCUCCAAAUGAAGGCAGUGAGUUCUGCCAUUAUCUCCAUUAGGAGCUGGGACUGAGCCUAUUCACCUAGGCCCUACUGCUCGCCUUACUUAUGCCAGUAUUAUUUUUUGUCUUUCUACAACACCAGUAGACAUGCAAGGCACUGCACAAACAGAUAACGACACAACCCCUGCCAAAGAGUUCACAGUCUAAGGUCUGGAUCUUGUCAACCAUUCUCAACUCCCUUUGCAAAUUACGAGAGCUAAGCUGAGCACUUUGCGUGGCCAGGCACAAGUGAGCUCUUGCAGUCAGUGUGGCUACUUGCCAGCAUGUGGUGUGAAAUAAGGCUUUUAUUUAAACCUGCUGCUUUAGCAUAGGAAGUCUUCUAGUGAAGUUGGAGCAGAAUUAAAUUAAUACAUUUAAGGGUAAUUUGGAGCAUCCUUUUCAGACUUACAUGAUCAGGCACAGUACAGUGUAGGUAUUACUGCACAAUCUCUAUCUGGUAGUCUGCUCAUGUGGGCAGUUCUAUGCUGUUAUCACAUGAAGAGGGACAAGCACUGGGGUCUUCUCUUGUUCCUUUUUAGCUCCUGAAGUUCACGGUAUAAGUAAAUGUGAAUCAUAUAAAAUUACACAAAACAGUAUGAAGUCCAGAAUCUAACAUCUUUGUUUCAAAAUGUCCUUUUGAAAAGAUCCAAGUGCCAUCUAGACAUUUCCUAAACUAUUCUAAAUUUUGUUUUAAGCAAUUCUCCGAGUCUUCUAUGAAGUGGACUGAUGCUACAAAAUCUAGACAGCGAAAGACCUAGGUCCUGCCCGUGCCAUUUUUGAGAGUCAUAUCUGGAGUGUAGAAGAGCCAGCCAGGAGGAUUAUGGCCCUGGAGGAUACAGCUUCUCAACAGAGCCCUCUCAGAAGAGCAGUGAAGAAUAUCCUAGGUCAAGGGCCAUAUGUACGCCUUCAAAGUACAGAAAAACACAUCUAGGUCAGUCAGCUGCAGUUAUUUCAAGUGUAACAACAAAUCUCAAAACGCUUUAUUUUUCUAACUUUGGAGAAAGAAUCCCAUUGUGCAGAUGUUCUUCAGCAAAAAGGCUUGGAUGGAAGGACCUUUACAGAAUUUAAAGAUGUCCUAAAUGCAGUGCCACUUCAUCUCAGGUUCUUCACAUUUCUAAAAACAAUGAAUAAACUCUUUCCUGAUAUCCUUCCCCCACAACAGUGCUGACACGCUGGUGUGUGGAAAUCUGGACAUGCUCAAAAAGAAGCAUGCAUGGAAGUGCAAGUGAAAGCAAUGGAAGAUCUUAAUACAACUCAUCUGUGUGCUUUUCGCCAUCUGUUUCCUGCCAUAAUGAAAGAGGACUGCAUGUUAAAUAAUUGGCAUUUUAUACAUAAUGCAUCACAAAGAACAAUUCUGAAUAGAAGCAAUGAACAUGUAAUAGGGUAGUACAAUACACACUAACAUUAGAGCUGAAUCUGAGAAUUGUUAAAAGCAAACCUCAUUCUUCCUUAAAGUGUUACGCAGAUGGAAUUAUAUAUAGCAACAUAUUAAUAUAGGUGAAGAUAUACUGCAUGCAGCCAUGUUGAAAUACUGUAUGAGAGAGAGACUACACAUUGCAACAAGGCAAGUUUUGAGAACAAAGUAUAGCCAGUGCAUGGAAAGCCUUCACAAAGCAUAUGGUGCUCCUUAUUUGCAAGCAAAGCAGUUUUAGAUACAAGACUGCUCUUACAUGUAAUCUCGCACUCCUGUUCAGUUUACAGGAAUGCAUGCCUAUAUCUGAAGCCAAGAGGCUAAAACAAAUCCUUAAUGUACUAUAGUAUAUACACACACACGCUCAUAAAUUUUUUUGUAAUUAAACAAUUUACAAC